AUGUUGAACCUCCAAGAAUGGCAGAAGCUCCCAAUUGGACUCGGCGAACUCUGCAUCAACACGACUCUUCGCUGUGGACAAUGCUUCAGAUGGCGCAAGUCGGAUGAAGGUGUCUGGUCAAUGGCCCUUCAUGGACGCAUCUUAGCAUUGCACCAGGACCCUGAAUAUCUCUACUACCGCUCCAUCCUUCCUACGAAACAAUCGCCGACGACAAAAAUUGAAUCUGACGAAGACACUCUGCCACUUCUCAAACACUACCUCAAUCUCGGCCCCAACCUUACCCAGCUAUAUACCGAGUGGUCUUCUGCCGAUGCGAACUUCAGUCGCAAAGCUCCCAGAUUUACUGGCAUUCGCAUUUUGAAGCAAGAUGCUUGGGAAGCUCUUGUCGGCUUCAUUUGUAGCUCCAACAACAACAUCGCUCGCAUAUCUCAGAUGGUCGACAAGUUGUGUACAAACUAUGGUCCGCUGAUUGGCCAAUUCGACAACAAAGACUACUAUGACUUUCCCACUCCAUCGGCAUUGGCGAAGCCAGGGGUCGAACAAAAAUUAAGAGAACUGGGUUUUGGGUAUAGAGCAAAGUACCUGUACAAGACAGCCUGUAUGGUUUCAGAAAAAGAAGACGGGUGGCUGGACGCUCUACGAAACCCCGAGAGUCCAGUCCUAGGCGUCAAGCCAGAAUCAGCUGGUGAAUGGGCAAAUGAGGGAAGAGAAGGGUACAGGAAAGCACAUGAAGAAUUGCUUGCACUUCAAGGUGUAGGCCCAAAGGUCGCUGAUUGUGUCUGUCUUAUGGGUCUGGGCUGGGGAGAGGCUGUCCCAGUCGAUACACAUGUUUGGCAGAUUGCUGUCCGUGACUACAAAUUUGGCAAAGGCAAGCACUCGAGCCUGACCAAGGCCACUUAUGACGCCGUUGCGAACAAGUUUCGUAGCCUCUGGGGCCAAGAAGCUGGUUGGGCACAUUCAGUACUCUUCACUGCUGAUCUCAAAGCCUUUUCCGAGCGACUUGUGGCCAAGAUCGAAGUCAAGGACGAGGUGACAGAGGUCAAGACUGAAGAUGGCGUACCAAUUGCAGAAACCAUUGUCGAAGAAGACAAGACUCUGGUCAAGGGUAUCAAGAGAGAAGCGGAAGAGGACGAACAAAAACUCGUCGAAACGAAACACAACAUCGUCAAGAAAGCAAAGAGAAGAAAGAAGGCAUCAUAUUGA